AUGAAGCACAAGGAGGACUAUUUGCUGUUCUGGGCUGACGAGCAUACUCAUUUCAACUACGCUAUGCAGUGGUUUGGUAUGGGGACUCUGAUGAUGGUGAUGACUUUCUACAAAUUCGUGGAGGUGUCGAGGCUGGCCGCUGUAUCCAUGCAAACGGGAGCAGCAACCGGCCACUGUAAAUCUAAGCAAGCAGGCAGUGCGAUUGUGCUGUUGGUAAGACACUCGCAGGAACACAAGUCUUGA